CACCACAUCUGGCCGCUCGCCCGAGUCGAGGCGCAGUCGUGAUUCAACUCUCGAACGCGCUACAAGUUCUUCUUCUUCUCUCUCUCUCUACCUCUCUCUCCCUACCCUUUUUCUCGUCCCCCCAUCUCCCACUUUUUGAUUCGGUGGAGAGAAAACCCCCACACACACACACGAUUCCACCCAUCGCCAAAACAAAAUUACAACAAACAAAUUUCAAAAAGUGCGCCCCCGGUUUUUUCAUUAUUUGAAGUGAAUUUCAUUUUGAUUGUGUGCGAAAAGAAGUGAAAUAUAAAUUGAAGAGAGAGAAAAGUGCCAACAGAUUCUCGGCCGUCAUCGCGGGUGAAUUUCGGCCAACAAUUUUUUCGCCAGCGACACGCUAUAGUAGUCGGAUUUUUCGAUCAAAUCGCAUCGGGGAAUACAAGAGAGAGAGAGAGAGAAAAGAGAAAUAUUGAGUUUCCAUUCUCUUUUUCUUCUUCUUCUUUUUCAUUCUCUCUCUUCGUUUUUUUUUUUACUCCUGCCCUGCUGCUGCUGCUGACUAAAGGUCCGGCACGAAAAAAAUAAAAAGAGAAAAAAUAAUCGGGAAAAUCAACGGGCCGGAAAGAAAUGCGGUGUGAAGCGGCCCUGAGAGACCUGGUGCUGCUCUACGGCUCGUUGUCAUCUGCUGUCGACUCGACGACUGAAAACAGUUGAAAUUCGCUUCUUCUUCUUUCUCUCCCGAAAUUGUCAAUUUGUUUUUUUCUCUCUCCCGAAUUCUGUCCACACGAAAAAAGAGAUUUUCAACGUGUUCGUGCGUGCGUGACAACCGGGUAAAAAUUAUCAUUAUUUCUCAAAAAAAAGUGCGUUUCACGUGUGCGCUAAAUUCGAGUGUGCAAAGUGGACCGACCGAUUUAUCUGCGCGCCAAAUUGUUUUUUCUAAAAAACAAACGAAGAAAAGAAAAAGACAAUUUUUGUUGUGGUGAGGAGAAAGAAAUUAUUAACAAAAUGGCUUGUUAUUACCCGUCUGGCAAAUGGUUCCUGUCCGUCGUGCUGGCCGUCCUGGUGGCACUGCUGGCCGUCCAGGCGGCUGGUCCGUCAUCCGGCGGCCAUCAGCGCAACAGUAAAAUGAAACCGCCGCCCAUCAUUUCGGAGGAGUCGUCCAACAAGAAUCGUCGCACGUCCGAUUGCCAUUUCGGCAAGAAAGUCUACGAGCUGGAAGAGCGGUGGAAUCCGGACCUGGGCUCGCCGUUCGGCGUCAUGUAUUGCAUCCGCUGCGAAUGUAUAGCGGUUCAAAAGAAACGAAGGAUCGCCGGACGGACACUCUGCCGCAACAUCAAGAACGAAUGCCCGAAACCCAAUUGCGACGAGCCCGUCCUCCUGCCCGGCCGCUGCUGCAAAGUCUGUCUAGAAGACGGAGCCAUCGGUUUGGGACCGUUGAAGGAGGACGUCUCCCGGAUCGGCUUCGACGACGACGACAAGCAAGCCAAAGAUUUCGCGGCUUUGCUGACGAAGAAGACGCCGGCCAGCAGCAGCAGCAGCAGUGGGGCUAGUCAGAUUGUGAAAGGCGGGCCGCCAUUGGCCGACAUGGCCACUGGACGUUUCACCUUCCAGAAACGGCACUUGUAUUUCUCGCUGGUCCUUCCAGCGGCGACGGCGGCGACGGCGGCGGCGGCUGCAGCUGGCACAAGCCCGGAAGCGGAUGCUUCGAUCGUCGGCGGCUGGACCCGACCGCCCCGCUACCUGCAAUUCCUCAGCGAGGACGGUAACAUCUUGGAGGAGCAGGAGCUCACCACCAACGACUAUUACAACGCCACCGGCAAGAUUUGUGGCGUGUGGCGCAAAGUGCCGCGAGUCUACAAGCAGCUCCUGCGCGAGGAGAAACUGUGGGUGGCCCUGAUGGAGGAUAAGGACGGCGAGGCCAUCACGGGCCGCGUUGCCCGCUACAAAGCCCUGUCCACCGAGCUCCUCAGCGCCGUCCUGACGCCGUCCGGCUCCGGCUCCGGCUCUUCGGCCAACUGCCCGGCCUGCGGUGGCACGGCCGCCGUCUCCAUGGCCAGCGCCUCCAACAGCAUCCACGUCACAGUGGCCGUCUCGGGCCUCUCGUCCAGAGGCGCUGACGUCGAGACCUUCGUCGUCCGUCUGGAGACGCUGGAGACGGGCGCCCAUCCGUCCCGAGUCAUCGAGGAACUCGUCACCGUCCAGAAACCGCAAGAGGUGAACGUCGUUGAGGUCAGGACCGUUUUGGAAGCCCAGGAGAUGAGGCUCCUACUGCGCGGACACAUUGUGCUGAGCGUUCACGCCAAACGGGCGCCAGAUGUCCGGCUGAGAGGCCCGUUCGGCCCGCGCAUCGCCUGCGAUUUGUUCGACUCGCUCGUCACCACCGGCGACGCCAUCCCGGCCGAGUCCGGCGACCUCUCCGUCCAGCAGCAGUCGACGGCUUCUUCUUCUUCGGCCGGACUGGCCUGGAUGUACAUCGGCAAGACGGGCGCCAUCCACUACCGGAUCAAACUGCGCGGAUUCAAGUCGAAAGUCACCCGGGUCACCAUCGAGUCCAGCGGGUCCAGCAAGGCCAACAAGAAGCCCCGAGUCGUCGAAGAUGUGACCGACAUGUUGUCCGUCGUCGACGGCAAAGAGCCGGGCGGUGUCAGCUGGAUCAACGGAACGGUGAGCCGGCUGGCCGCCAAGGACCUGGAACUUCUCUACGAAGGCGAAUUGUACGUCAAUGUGGCGACGGAAGAGUUUCCAGUGUCGGAAAUCCGCGGUAAAUUGGUGCCCAGGCUGGCCGGCGAGUCGCAUCUGGCCACGGAGAACGGGCCCGUCUUGCUGAAUCCGGUCGGAAACGCGACGGCCACCAACCGGGCGGCUCUCGGCUGGGUCCACGUCGACAAGGAAUGCAAUUUCCACUACGACGUGGCCGUCACCAGCUCGUUGGCGUCCGGCGGAGGCCGGCCCAGGGACCAGCUGGCCAACAGUUUGACGGUUUUGGAGCUGGUCGACAUCCCGCGCCUCAGCAUCGAGCACGGCCACAACGGCGGAGGCACUUCGCCCGGCUCCGGCGGCAACAUCAUGCUGAUGGACGGAAGCGAGUCCAGCAGCAGCUCUGGAAAUCCAAACAGCAACUACGGCGAAAUCCCAUUCAUGCCCAACAUCCGGCUGCUGGAGGAGUUUUCCGGCUACCAGGUGGAGAACAGCGUGGCCGACUUGAACAAGCUCUCGCUGGCCCGGAUGGAGGCCGGAGUGGCUUACCUCAAGCUGACGGAAGCGCCCGUCAUUGGCACAGGGAAGCCGGGCGCCCAGUUCCAGGGCUGGUUGACCAACGUCCACGUUCCGGGCUCCUGUUUGCCCAUCGGCAUGGGCUCGCCGUCCGGCGGCGACGGUCUGUCGGGCGAGCAGUCGCUGCUGGGCGUCCAGGGCUACGUGUUCGACCGGGCCCAGGACGACAACAACGAGAUCCCCAUGGCGACCAGCCGCUGCUUCUACGAGGGUAAACUCUACGACGACGGAAAGGCCUGGACGGCCGAGCAUGAUCGCUGCAUGAUGUGCUCCUGCCAGCGCGGGCGGGUCGUCUGCGAUCCCGUCGUCUGUCCGGCAAUCACCUGCUCCGGCCCUUCAUCCGCCAUCAUCCACCCGCCGGGCGACUGCUGUCCGCAGUGUGAAAAUGUGACUAAAACGGUGACGGAAUCGUCGCGCCAGGGUUGCCAUUUCGAAGGCGAUCAGAAAUUCCAUCCGGCCGGAAGCCGCUGGCAUCCCUACCUGCCGCCGUUCGGGUUCAGCAAAUGCGCCGUUUGCGUCUGCGACCCGGUGACUUUGAAAGUGGAGUGCACGAAAUUGACCUGCCCGGCGCUGAGCUGCCAGGAGGGCGAAGCUUACCGGCCGGACCCGAUGGCCUGUUGCAAGCAGUGUCCGGCAGCGCCGGCCACGACCACCCAAUCGACGGCGGCCCUGCUGGCCAACAAGGAGCUGCUGGGCGAGGAGGCCCAAGCUCGAGGCGAAGUCGACAUCCUCUCGUCCGGCGGCUGCCGAUUCAAAGGCGACGUCUUCGAGAAUGGCGAGGAGUGGCAUCCGCGCAUCCAGCCCUGGGGCGAAAUGAGAUGCAUCAACUGCAACUGCAAGGACGGAAAAGUCAAGUGCAAGCGGAAGAAGUGCGUGAAAACGCGUUGCAACGGAGGCCGGCCGGCGACAUCUCCCGCUGGAGCGGGAGCUGACGAUUGCUGUCCGUCGUGUCCGGAAGAUGGCCCCACCGUCUCUUCUGGAUCCUCGUCGUCGGCCGCCGUUUCGUCGGGCCACAAGAGCAACAACGGCGACGCCGACGCCAAGAAGAAGAGGCAGAGAGAGGGGCGGAGUCGCGUCGGCGCCGGAUCGCACAGCAGCCGGACGCAGCACAACAGACAAUCCCAGCAUCAGCAACAUCCGACGGCUUAAAAGAAAACAACAAAACCAACACCAAAUAAUAAAUUAUUGGAAAAAUUAUUUCAACGGCCAUCGAACAAAAAACAAAAACCACAAAACUUUUUUUUUCGAAUUUUUCAAAUUUUCGCGCUAAAAAAAAAACAUUUCAAACGCCAGGGGGAUAAAUCAACUCCUUUUUUUUACCGCUACAAAAAUUCCCCUCUCCUUUUCAAAUUCUUUCGAACUAAUUGUGACUAUAUUCGAAAUAAUAUUAUAGCUCACUCUUUUUAAAUAUAUGUAUAUAUAUUUAGUAUAUAUAUAUAUAUAUGUGUAUACUAAAGCUCCUUUUUUUCUUCUCCCCCCGCGGCUAAUUAUUAUUAUAUCUAUACGUUAUUUUACAUAUUUUUUUCGUUUCGAAUAAUUCGAACGAUAUCGCAAAAAGUUAAAAAAACAAAACAGUCAAAUCACGAUUUUUGAAAUUUCUUUCUUUUGGCUGUUUGGCUCUCGCGCUUUUUUUGAUAAUUUGUUUUUAAAUUGCCCCUCCCUCCCCCACUUUGCUUCUUUACGAUUGAUGGAACGUUUGUGCCAAACCGAACAAGAUGAUAUAACACACAACAAAUUAAUAUCCAACACAUACACACGAAAAUUUAAAAAAAAAAAAUAAUACUAAGAGGGAUACUUGUAAAUAUCCGAAGAUUUUAUUGCGAG